AUGUCAUUUCAAGAUCUUAUACCAGUGGUUAAUAAACUACAAGAUAUCGUGACAACAACUCAAUUAGCAGAUAUUGAUUUACCUAUAUUAGCUGUUGUUGGAUCACAAUCUUGUGGUAAAUCUUCUGUAUUGGAAAAUAUAGUUGGAAAAGAUUUUUUACCAAGAGGUGUUGGGAUUGUAACAAGAAGACCUUUAGUUUUACAAUUGAUUAAUAUAAAAGAAGAUGAUCCAUUAAUUAAUAAAUAUAAUUUUCAUGAAUCUCAAACUACAAAAAAUUUAGAUGUUGAUGAAAUUGAUUUAGAAGAUCAUGUUAGAAAAAUGAAUGGUAAUAAAUCAUCAUCAACAAAAUCAUCUAAAAAUGCAAAAGCAGAAUGGGGGGAAUUUUUGCAUAUACCAAAUAAAAGAUUUUAUAAUUUUCAUGAUAUUAGAAAAGAAAUUGAACGUGAAACUUUAAGAAUUGCGGGUGAAAAUAAAGGAAUAAGUAGAUUACCAAUAAAUUUAAAGAUUUACUCACCCAAUGUAUUAAAUUUAACUUUAGUUGAUUUACCAGGAUUGACCAAAAUCCCAAUUGGUGAUCAACCAACUGAUAUUGAAAGACAAACAAGAAAUUUAAUAUCUGAAUAUAUUUCAAAACCAAAUUGUAUAAUUUUGGCAGUAUCUCCAGCAAAUGUUGAUUUAGUUAAUUCGGAAUCUUUGAAAUUAGCAAGACAAGUUGAUCCUACGGGAAAAAGAACUGUUGGUAUUUUAACAAAAUUAGAUUUAAUGGAUCAAGGUACAAAUGCUUUAGAUAUUUUAAAGGGAAACGUAUAUCCAUUAAAAUUAGGAUUUAUCGGAAUUGUUAAUAGAUCACAACAAGAUAUAUCAGAAAAUAAAUCAUUAGAUGAUUCAUUAUAUUCAGAACAAAAAUUUUUUAUAAAUCAUCCAGCUUAUAGAUCAAUGGCUUCAAAAUGUGGUACAAAAUAUUUAGCACAAACUUUAAAUAAAAUAUUAAUGAAUCAUAUAAGAGAAAGAUUACCCGAUAUUAAAGCAAAAUUGAAUACUUUAAUUGGUCAAACUGAACAUGAAUUAGCAUCAUAUGGAGAUAUACCAAAUAUUGAAGAUUCAAAAGAAAAAAGAGGUAUAAUACUUCUAUCCAUCAUUUCAAAAUGGUCUACAACUUUUGUUCAUUCAAUUGAUGGGGAUUCAUUUCAAGAUAUUUCAUCAAAAGAAUUAUGUGGUGGUGCAAAGAUAUAUAAUAUUUUUAAUACAAUUUAUGGUUCAAGUUUAUCAUCAAUAAAUCCAGUUCAUAAUUUAUCAAUAUUAGAUAUUAGAACAGCAAUAAGAAAUUCAACUGGUCCAAGACCUUCUUUAUUCGUACCAGAAUUAGCUUUUGAUUUAUUAGUUAAACCACAAAUUAAUUUAUUAGAAAAUCCUUCACAAAAAUGUGUUGAAUUAGUUUAUGAAGAAUUAAUGAAAAUUGUACAUAGUGUUAGUUCUACAACUAUUGGUCCAGAAUUAGAUAGAUAUCCAAAAUUACAAGCAAGAUUAAUUGAAGUAGUACUGGAUUUAUUAAGAGAAAGAUUAGGACCAACUAAAAAAUAUGUUGAAUCAUUAAUUGAAAUUCAUAGAGCUUAUAUAAACACAAAUCAUCCAAAUUUUGUUGGUGCUGCUCAAGCAAUGACUAUAGUUGUUGCAGAAAGACAAAAGGAAAAACAAUUACAACUGGAUAGUAAAUUAAGAUUAGCAACUCAUCGUAUAUUAGGGAAAAAACUAAGAGAUAAUAGUGAAGAACCAGAAGAAGAAGAAGAUGAAGAAGAAGAUACUGAUGAAGGAGUUGAAAGAAUGAAAGAAGACAUUAAAUCAAUAGAUGAAGAACAACCAAAUAAUCAUAAAAAUAGAAGAAAACCAAGAACUGAAUCAAAUAAUCAUCAUAAUCAUCAUCAUCAUCAAAGUUCGAAUAAUGAAUCAUCAUAUCUUAAUUACUUUUUAGGUAAAGAUCCAAUAGUUCAUCAACAACAAUUACAAACUCAAGCUCAAUUAAAUCCAACCCCUUUCAAAUUCCCUCAACCUCAUGAAACAACAUUACAAUUUAAUACUCAAUUUGUAAAUAAUGGAUUUAUUUCAAAUCCAAUAGCAUCACCAACUCCAAACACAAUGAAUGGCCACCAUCAAAAUUUCCAGCAACAUGAAUUUCAAAAAUUAUCCUUAUCAGAAUCAACAGAUUCAUCAUUUGAAGGAGAUCAAGCCAUUUUAGAACUUAGUGAAAGAGAACAAAUGGAAUGUGAAUUAAUUCGAAGAUUAAUUAUAUCAUAUUUUUCAAUAGUUAGAGAAAUGAUUCAAGAUCAAGUUCCUAAAUCAAUAAUGUGUCUUUUAGUAAAUCAUAUAAAGCAACAAAUUCAGAAUAGAUUAGUUGUAAAAUUAUAUAAUGAUAAUUUAUUUGAUGAUUUAUUACAAGAAGAUGAAAAUAUUCAAGCUGAACGUGAAAAAUGUCUUGAAAUUUUAAAAACUUAUAAAGAAGCUAGUAAAGUUAUAAGUGAUGUUAUAUAG